CCAUGUAAUGAGCCGUGCCAUGCCGUGCGGGGCUCAGCAGGCAGCGGGCCUUUUAUGGUCUCCGUUUCCUUCCUGGAGCUCAGUGUGAGGCAGAGAGCAGAGCAGAACAGCUCAGGCCGUUCAUCAGCGCUCCAUCCCCGGCCCAUCCUCCAGCAGCGCUGCGCUCUGCGCCCCGCCGGACCGUCUGGACCUGCAGGAGGAUGUAACAUAGGAAAGCUUUCUAGUUGGAUCCGGAUGCGUUUCCCUCGGCGCUCAGUCUGUGGAAUGGUCUGCGCUUUCUCUCCUGGCUCGUUUCCCCUUCAGCAUGGGAACUGCGGUGUCCAAAAGGAAGAAUCUGAGGAGCGAUGCGAUAUCUUCCGUGGCCGCAAAAGUUAGAGCAGCCAGAGCAUUUGGAGAAUGCCUGUCCAAUACCAAUCCAGAGAACUGCAACGGAGCAGAUCAUCUAUUGUCUGACACCUUCCCCAACCAGAACUGCGACUCUCCAGCCGUCAUCCGCUUGCAUAACAAUCUGAGACCACAGAGCCGCUGUUUACCCAUAUCUGAACCCAAAAAGUCCAGCCAAUCCAAUCCCACUGCUCAUCUCCAGUCUCCGCCUCAGCUUAACACCCUCCAGGCACCUUUGGGCCACUCCAAACGUCAACUCUCGGUUGAGCGCAGCCUCUCCACAGAGGACCCACCAGGUGCCAGGGGCCCAGAGGGGAGCGUGGUGGUGAAGCCAGACAGGGUGUAUACAAUCAGCAGGGAAGGAGGGAUGACCCUGGCGGGCCGUGGCAGCGAGGAGAGCCUGGAGCUGGAGGUGCUGAAGCCUCUGUCCCAGGCUCCUGCCUCUGCUCACCACAACAUGUCCUGCACCAGCCAGCCGUCCGCCACAGCCGCCUGCAGUAGCCAUCAGCGUAGUAGCCAUCACCGCAGCAACUAUCACCAUGCCCACCAACAUCACGUAGGCCCGCCGCCAUCAUCACAGCCACUUCAGAGCUCGGGGAGCGCCAACAACAUCCGGGACUGGGGGAUGAGGAGAGGAGGGUCGCGGGACGACUAUACCCCAGACUGCGUGGCCUGCAUUCGGGCUCCGUGUCAAAGCCAGCGCUCCCUGGACCUGGAUACCUCACCGCAGGAUGGAAGGAAGCCCCGCAAGAAACUGGAGAGGAUGUACAGCGAGGACAGAGCAUCUACUGAUGACAGGGAGGACAAUCCUAAUAGCUGGUUUCCCAAAGAGAAUAUGUUCAGCUUUCAGACAGCCACCACCACCAUGCAAGCAAUAUCGGCUUUCCGAGGCAUUGCUGAGAGAAAGAGGCGGAAAAGAGAGCAGGACGCAGCCACCAUGAUGGAGAGAAAUUUCCGCACACACCUUAGGAUUGUGGGCAGCCGCAGGAUGAAGGUCCAGACCUUUGCCGACCGCCGGGCCAAGAGUUUCAGCCGCUCGUGGAGUGACCCGACCCCUGUCAAGCCUGACUCACUGCAUGACUCCAGAGACAGUGGCGAGCUUCAGACCUCCUCAGGGACACUAGAUGAAGGGCUGGACGAGGAUGCCGACUGGGAGGAGGAGAGGGAGAUGGAGAGAGUGGCCUGUGAAGGAGAGGGCUUUAUCCCACCUAAAAUCAUGCUGAUAUCCUCCAAGGUCCCAAAGGCUGAAUAUGUUCCUAACAUCAUUCGUAGGCACGACCCCUCCAUCAUCCCCAUUCUUUAUGACCAUGAACAUGCCACGUUUGAUGACAUCCUCGAGGAGAUAGAGAAGAAGCUGAUUGGCUACAGGAAAGGCUGUAAGAUCUGGAACAUGCUAAUUUUCUGCCAGGGAGGCCCAGGCCAUCUGUACCUGCUGAAGAAUAAAGUGGCCACCUUUGCAAAAGUGGAGAAGGAAGAAGACAUGAUCCAGUUCUGGCGGCGGCUCAGCAGGUUGAUGAGUAAGCUCAACCCCAACCCCAACCUCAUCCACAUCAUGGGCUGCUAUGUGUUGGGCAGCGCUAACGGAGAAAAGCUGAUUCAGACUCUGAAGAAGCUGAUGAGACCCUCCUUGGUCGAAUUCAAGUCCCCUCUAGAGCUGUCUGCAGAGGGCAAAGAGAUGAUCGAGACGUACUUUGACUUCCGUCUGUUCCGCCUGUGGAAAAGCCGCCAGCACUCCAAGCUGCUGGACUAUGACGACCUCUUGUGACCUGAUUCACGUUGUGUUGGCUUGUCGGCCGGUUAUCUCACGUCUGGGCCUCCUGUACGGUGACAGGGCCUCUGGUCAAAGGGUCCUGAGAGGCCCCUAGACGGGCUCUGUGGCAGAGCUGGAGCAGCAGGGCAGUUGGGUCUUUUGUUCCCCUAUGAAGCGAUAGGGUGGCCCUGUAGAUUCCCUUAUCCAUUUUCACUUUCUGCCUAUCUCUCAGAAAAGAGAAAGAGAAGGACAAGAAAAAGGACGAGAAGCGAGGGACUCAUCAUUCUAGCCUAGAUGUGUCAGAAGACCCUCGUUCAGAGAGGAUGUUAGAUCAAAGAGUGACAGCUGAGAACAGAAGGAACUCGUUCUUUCUCAGUUUCUUUGCCUUUAGCCAACCUAUCUGCUGUUUUAAGAUAGAGGCUGAUAAGGAAGGGAGUAUUUUCUUUGUCAGGUGAGGAAAUUAGAGCUUAUAUGUAAAUAAACAAGCGCUUACUGGAGCCUUAGAGAAUAGAUUUCCAGCAUCUCUAGCCAUGCUCACGUGUGAAAAUCUAGACUUUUAAUUAGUCCUAUUCAAAUUGAGAGUUGUCUAUUAAACACAGCUUUUUUAAACUUCAAAUAUAUGUAUUAGUAUUUCGUACGGACUGUUGUAUUAACUCAGGUUAUAUAUAUCUUGUUUGAUACUAAGAAUUGUACUCACUGUAGGCAACAUACUGUAGAUCAGAAUUCAAGGCCUUCAAGUCCACACAGCGUCGUCCUCAGUGGCAGUCCUGACGGUCAGGGGAUGUCAUAUUUUAA